GCAGUAAUAUAAGGGCAAUUCCACAAAAAACAGAAUUACUCAGAGUUUUCKCUUUAAAAUGUAUGUCAAACAAAAACAUUGAUUGCAAACRUCACACAUCUAUGCACAAGGACUUYUUUUAACAAUUUCCACUGAACAUUUUACAAAAACACAGGACAAUUAUUUUACCAUGGAAUUGCCCAUAAUCAAACUGGUCCAAUGUCUAAAGGUCCAAAGUUUAGCCUCACAGGGGCUCUAUUUAUAUUGGUCUCCUUUUACUUCAUAUUGGCUGGAUAAACAUGACGGACAGGAGGCUGAUCCAAUAGGACAAAUUGGAGAUGAACAGCACGAUUCCUCUUUACAGCAGGACCCUGCAUAUGUACAGUUUGUGUCUGAUGGUGGUGAUGCUGGCUGUCCUCACUGCUCCCACCACAACUCAAAAACCUGCUCUAGAUGACUUUUCAGUGUCAGUCCCUGAUGCUCCAAUCACGGCAUGGUCAGGCUCCUCUGUCUCUCUACCUUGUGAACUCUCACCUCUCUUCAAUGCGGAGCCAUUGGAGGUGCGCUGGUACCGGCCCGAUAACUCCUACAGCCCUGCCUUGUUGUACAAGGAUCACAAGAUCCAGGAGGCCCCUGUGGACCCUCGGUACAGGGGCAGGGUGUCUCUAACUGGGGGGAUGGAGAGGGGGAACGUGUCUCUAACACUGGAGAGGGUCACACUGGAAGACAGGGGGGAGUAUGUGUGCCGUGUCAGCAGCGAACAAUGGUUCGAUAAGGCCAGUGUAUUCCUCACUGUAAAUGUAUUAGGUAGUAUCCCAGUUCUCUCUGUAGCUGAAGCAAGAGGAGGAGGAGGUCAGGUGAAUGUUACCUGUUUAUCAGAGGGAUGGUCACCACAACCUACACUUUCAUGGAAAAACAAAGAGGGGACAGAGAUCAGAAAUAAACAAGAAGUACUCAACACCUCUGAUCCCCAGGGCUUGGUGAGUGUCAGUAGUUGGCUGCUGUAUGCUCCCUCAUACUCCGAUUGGCUCGCCUGUACAGUCUCUCUGUCUGAGGAGGCGAAGAGAGAGGGCAGAAUUCUGCCACAUAUAUACACAGCUCCUACAGCUGUACCUGGAGUCUCCAAAGAAGCCUUCAUUGUGACUCUGGUCCUGUUUGUCCUGUCUCUGGUCAUCAUCUGUGCUCUGUGCUCUGUCAUCCAUUGGAAACGAAGAGGGUCCAUGUGGUCUUCAUCCCAAAUGUCCAGAAACCGUUCAGAUCAAACUGAGCUGGGACAGAAGCCGGCAGAGACAAAAAACCUAAUUGAAGGGGCAGAAAACACAGUGCAGAGACCUACCCAACAGAGAGCAGCUGGAAAACAAGUUCAUCUGGAAGGGGCAGAAAACACAGUGCCGAGACCUACCAAACAGAGAGCAGCUGGAAAAGAAUUGAAUCUGGAAGGUGCAGAAACCACAGUGCUGACACCUACUGAACAGAAAGCAGCUGGAAAAGAAGUUAAUCUGAAAGCAGAGACCAACAACUCCAUUGAAGGGGCAGAAAACACAGUGAAGACUCCUACGGAACACAUUGCAUCUGGUAAAGAAGUUAAUCUGAAAGAUUGGCACCAGGUGAAAGGAUUCAAAGUUCCCUCAGAGAAUAUCAUUCUGGAUGAAAAGACUGCGCACCCUGCUAUUAGAGUCAUUCAAGGAAAGCGGGCUUUUUACCUGAAAGAAAAAGAUACAGAAAACCCCUCUGUUAGAAUGCAUAUCCAUGUAUUUUCUAAAGAGAGUUUCAGUUCAGGACGACACUAUUGGGAAGUGAACGUAAAGGAUAAAACAACAGAAAAACUGUCAUGGUAUGUUGGUGUGGCCAGAGAAAAUGUUGAGAGAAGAUGUAAUGUUCCUUUAACUCCACAGAAUGGAUUUUGGAUUCUWUCUUUUGAUAAAGAAAAAGGUUUCCAUGUCAAUACUGACCCUCAAUCACCAAUAACUGUGGCAGAGCUCACUAUUGUGGGAGUGUUUCUAGACUGUGACAGACACACUCUGUCUUUUUAUAAUGUUGAUACAGCGUCACUUCUUUACACUUUUACUGAUGUGAAGACAUCCAACUACUUUCCUGUGUUCAGUCCGGGACAACGUGACAAAUACACAAUAAGAAUCAUUUGAAUUGCAUACCAAAACCCCUUUCACACCACUGAGCCAAGUCGAGCUGUACUACGCUGGCCUGGUUAGUAUAGGUUGGGGCAGCACGAUAGUGUGAAGAGGGUCUGAGAUGCAGGUGAAAUUCAUGUCAAAUGAGACAUGCAUUAUACACAUUUUAUGUUGUUCAGUGAUACCAAGUUGUAAAUGUGUGUAUCUUUUUCCCAAAAAGUUUUCAGACGCCACAAGAAAAAGAGCACUAGUAAUGGCAUCUUUUGGAAGACAGUAACUCCGCCAUGGUUCGUUGAACAAACCCUAUUGGAAAAUUAAUGUCGUUUUUGUAGAUUUUUGGGAUAAAAGUUGAAAAUAAGGUCUGUGGUAAACGCAGGCUUAGGAGCUAAUCUUCAUCAGCUAAAGUCACAGAUUUUUUUUAAAGCAUUUAUUUAAUCAGAAAAAAACACAAAGGCUUAAUUCAUAACGUUCCUAUUAACUGAUGGAUAUUAUCUCAGAUCAUAAUGUAUAUCAUCUCCAAAGCCUGUGUUGACCUCAGAUGUUAUUUUCUGCAUUUAUCCCAAACCCCUAUUCUUUCCCCCUAAGAAUGGCUGAACGAACCAAAACUUACUCAAACAAAUCUUUUACGACUACAAAUUGACGAGUUUUAUAUAAUCAACAAAAAAUAUGUAACUUUUUUUCAACCUGUAGCUAGAUUAUGAAUGUAUUCUGUGAAGCUACUGUAAUACAAGUUAGCAAUAUCCUUUGCAUUCUUCAGUUCUGUUAAAAUGUUGUCCCAAUUAAUAAAUUACUGUAAU